AUGAUGUUACAAAAUGUAUUUAUUCAAAUUUUUCUUACGACUUUAAUAUUUAUAAUAAAUGCUCAAUAUCCAGUACCUAUUCCACCAGGUGGUCGAAUGGCAGUACACGGUUGGCUUAUACUUCCAUGGGAUACAAAUGUAACUGAUGGUCCUAUUCAAGCAUGGUUUUCUCAUCAUGUUCCAAAAUUUGGAAUAGAUUCUCCACAUAAUUUUCAAAUAAUUCUUAAUGGUCUAUUAACUCCAUUAUCUUGUUUUAAUACUGAAUUAAUUCCACAACCUAUACCAAUACCAUAUCCACCAAAAGAUAAUCUUCUUCAAUAUGAAUAUACAAUAACACCUCCUCCUGCAUUUUCAUUAAAUGAUCUUUUAUUAGAAAAUUUAACGGAAUUUAAAGGUGUUAUUUAUAAUGGUUCAUUUGAUACAAUUUAUGAACGUAUUCCACUUGCUUUAGGUAUAUUAACUAUUCGACAAUUAACUACAAGUGUUUAUUUAAAUGAAUCACAAUUAAUUCCAACAUAUCCUGAUUUACGUUAUCUUUCAUAUCCACGUGAUAUGUCAUCAACAGGUGAUACAAAACCAUUUCAACAUAUGUAUUUUAUACAUGAAAUUCAUUCAAUACCUGAUUUUGAUCAUAUUAUUCAUGUUAUUAUUGAUACAACACGAUGUCAUUGUGAUAGAAAACAUUCAUUAUUAUGUAAUAAUAAAAAACUUUUACAACAAAUUCGUACACCUGGUAUUGAAUGGUCAUUUCCAACAUUAACAAAUGAUGUUAAAAAUCGUUUAUUACCUCCUAUGAUUAUUAAAGGUCGAAUAACAGAUGGGCCUGUUAUGUGUCCAAUAACUAUUCUCGAAUCCAUACAUUGUAUGAUUGGACCAAAUUUUGAUGAAAAAUGUUAA